AUGUUUGUUGAAGAUUAUUAUAGGAGACUCAUAAAAUAGGAAUGUAAUAUAACUCCUAAGGAAAUUAAGACUGAUAGGCCUUGGUACCCAAGAAAAUUCUAAAACGAAAGCAAGAGAGACUAAUAUAAGUUCUUUAUGCUACCUCCCAACAAAAUGGUUACUUUACUAAAAAAAAAUAAAUUGUCGGCUCCCAAUGAAAAGAUUAAAGAAUUCUUGCAUAACCACUCCUUGAAAAAGAUGGUUGAUUUUGGUGAAACCCUUCAAAGUACAUUGGAUGUGAAAGUACAAAGACCGUCGAUUUAAAUUCUAACUCCUAAAAAUAAUACUGUGGGACGAUAAUUAUUUCCAGUUAAAAGAAGGCCCCUCUGUUUACCUUCAACAAGAGUUAUUACUGAGCCUAGCAAGAAAUCAUCCUCGUAAUGCAAGAGUGUGCAUAAAUUAAUUCGACUAAAAUAAAGCGACCAUUACCAGGAGGAACUUUAUGGCAUAAUUAAAAAACUUAAUUAUUCUCCUCUGAGAGUUGAUGCAAGUUUUCUCAAAAAAUAGAUCUAGCCUCCAAAGGUUGUUUAACCUCAACCAGAUAUAGAACCUGAGAUUCCAAAAAGUGUAUUACCCUAUCCUCCAAGAACAAAAAAAUAAUUACGCUCAUUUCUUUUGAGGGCUUUGAAGAAAAUCAAAGCUUUGGGUCUUACAAUUAAAUAUGUUAUGGAGCAUAAGAUAUUUUCAAAAAAACCAUAUGAGAAAUAGUAUUCAAAGGAAUUUAUUCAUGCAGCCAAGUAGAAUAAAAUAGAAGAAAUAGAAAACUAUCUUCAAAUCAACCCUUAUUUGGUGUUUGAUUAUGAUUUCUAUAACAUGACAGCACUGCAUUGGGCUUGCAAAAAAGGGUAUCUGCAGAUAGUAGAGAUGUUAUUGAAAUACCAUUCAGAUAUUGAUGGAGUCGAUAUCCUAUAUCGCACUCCAUUGAUUCUAUCGAUUCAAGAAAAUCACUUAGAUGUUACACAUUUUCUAUUGAUGAACGGAGCCUACCCCUGGAGUACUGCCAUAACAGAUUUGAAAAGUAUUCUCGAGCAAAAUGAACGUGCUAAACUUCUCCUCACGAGGGUUAGAAGGUUAUAAAUAAUGGCUAAAUGGACUCAAUCAGGAGAAUAUUUGAAUCUAAUUUGA